AUGACGGAAGGAGCUAUUAUUCAAGGCUCUUCACCUGCCAUGCGAAGAAACUCUCAAUCGGCUAAUUUAGCCGAGGCUUUAUCAACAAUUGUUGAUACAAACUCUCAAAUACAAACAGACUGUAAUAAUAAUUGUGAUUCUGACGAAAAUUUGACCGGAUUUAUUGAUGAUUUGGGAAGGCGUCUGCAAAGUACAUCGAGCGAGAUUGUCGUACGACAGCUAAUCGCACGAGAUACCGAUGAUUUAGCUGGCUUAAGGGAUAGAGUAUUGCAACUGGUCCGUUGUAAGUGGAGUUGCUGUCCCAAAGGCGAACUUCAGAGGAGAAUUACAUGAACUAGGGGAACGUCGGCGUCAGAGAAGCUCGCACAAGAUAUUGUAUUGCUUGUGAAAUUUUACGAGAGCGGCGAAGGAAGUCAAGCGCUAAAGGACAUAUUUCGCAAGGUCAGGAAUACGGAUUGUAGUUACGCUCUCGGAGAUAAGGAAACGAACGCUUUGGAUCAACCUAAUCUCAAGAAACUACUCGAAAUUGUCGAAGAUUUAGAAGCAAAAUUUGUUGAAACAAAUAUUCAACAUAAAACAGAUAUUGACAAAUUGAAAGACGAACUUAAUCAUAUGCAAUUACAUUUAGCCGAAAAAGACUAA